AUGAUCUCUCUCUCUCUCCCUCUCUCUCUCUAUCUAUCUAUCCCUUUCAAACACACACACAUAUUACAUACAUACAUAUAUAGUACACAUCUUUUCUCUGUCGAUCUUUUUAUCACAUCUCUCACCCGCUUUCUACAUCUCUAUAAUUCUUUCGUUCUUUUUCUUUCCUUCUUUCUUUUGCGCUGUAUCUCUGCUUCUCUCGAUGUCUGUGUUUGUCGAUUCAUUAUCUAUCAUCUUCCCAGUCGUUACCACAGUCGCCAUAGUCAUCACGUCGUAUUAUCAGCUAAAUUAACUGACACACGUGCUAAACUCACAUGCACUUUCUUUCUUUCUUUCUUUCUUUCUUUCUUUCUUUCUUUCUUUCUGUGUCGUCUUUGUUUCAAAUGUAUCUCUGUCCUUAAACUGCCCGUAUGCCUGAUGACAUUCUAUUUCACCCAGCCUCCCGCCUUUUCUUACCAUCUAUAA